AUGCCGAAGGGCAAGUCAGCGCGCAGGAGGGAAAAGAACGCGAAGAAGGCAAACGAGGGCAACCUUGCCAAAGCGCAGCGCGGCAAGGCGUCUGCAUUCUUGCCGCUGCCCAACGCCCCCAAAGCCGAUGACUUUAAGGAGCGCGUGCCGCGAUCCCUUCAGCGGAUCAUGGCCAUGCGGCAGGUGCUGGAGAAGCAGCAGCAGGAGAAACGCGAGAGGCAGCAGCAGAGGGAGCAGCAGAGGCAGCAGCAGGGGCAGCAGGGGCAGCAGCAGGGGCAGGUAAAGCAGCAGCAGCAGGGGCAGCAGCAGGGGCAGCAGCAGGGGCAGGUAAAGCAGCAGCAGGAGGGGCAGCAGCAGCGGCAGCAGCAGCAACAGCAUGGGAGUGCGGCAGCCGAAGGGGCGAAAACGGAUGCUUCGGUCACUGGCGGCAAGAGGCGGCACGACGCGGCGCCUGCUGGGGAGCGGCCACACGAGUGGCAGGCACAGGAGCAGAAGCUGCAGCACGGCGAUGAUGAUGGGCCUGCGAAAAAGAAGCGCAAGCAGCAGCAGCAGCAGCAGCAGCAGCAGCAGCAGCAGCAGCAGCAGCAGCAGGAGCAGCAGCAGCAGGGCGAUAAGGACGGCCAGCAGCGGCAGGGGCGGGGCGGGAAGGCUGCCGCCGCUGCUGCGGCCGCGCUGGGGCCCUUGUGGGAGCAGCCGCGGAAGCUGAAGCAGCGCAAGAAGGACUACCUCAAUCAGAAGAAGCUCAAAAAGAAGGGGAAGCUGCCGGCGCACUUGGUCGGAGUGCAUGAGAAGGAGCUUGCGCUGCGCGAUGAGGUCAAGUUUGGGGAGCGCGUGGACGCGCCACUGCAGGUGCAGCUCAAGCGCAAGCACUGGGCGGGCACGGCCGAGGACACUGAUAAGGCGCGCUGCACGCGCAUCUUCGAGCAGCAACUGGCUGCGGCGCAGAAGCGGGCGGCGGGCGGCGACGGGAAGGAGCAGCGGCAGCAGCAGCGGCGGCAGCAGCAGCAGCAAGGGCAAGGGCAGGGAGGGCAGCGGCAGCCGGCGAAGAAGCGCAAGCAGCAUUCGGCGGCUGACGAGAGCGUGCGGGCGGCGGUCAUCGACGCGUAUCGUGCGCGCCAUGGCACGCAGCCGCGCGAGGGCGCGGCGGACUUGUCCACGCUCAAGGGGUUGGUCGGCAGCGCCAAGGCGCCGUGA